UACAUGACUUGUUUCAUCUGUAUCUCAACUUAUUGGGCAUUAUCCGAACUCGUGAGUUCUUUUUCAGGGUAUUCUAUUUCACAGUUUCCCAAAUUCUCUUUUUACUUAUUUAAUCACUUUGAAUUCUGGGAAAACAUAAAGUAGGAAAACACCCACAAUUGGUGAGAAAAUAAUCCGACCAUUUUGGGAGAAGCGAGAGAAACAGGAGCUGUGAAUAACACCACGUGCAGUGUUGUUAGUGGUCAGACAUGUUAUAACGAGCUAAAAUCAGACAACUUCUUCGAUACACGUGUCUUCUUUUUCUUUUUCAAAAGAGAAAAUAUUUGUGGGUCACAUACUUAUCUUAUAAGCCCCCACAGUAUAAAGAGGGUGAUAGAAAUAUCAUGAGGUUUACAGAAGAUUUUGGGUUGAAAGUAGAAGAAGAUUUCAAAAAAAUGGAAGAUGUUGGAAUAGAAAAUGAAACCUUUAUUAGGCCUUCUAAAAUAGAGGUUAGAGGAAGAGAUGAAGGAGAUAAUCAUGAUGAGGAGAGAGAAAGGGAGAAGAGGCAGAAAGUUGAAGGUGGUGGUGGUGUUGGUGGUGGUAGCGGUGGUGGUGGAGGGUUGUUAGAUAAUCUUUUGGCUAAACUAGCCUCUCCUAGGACACCUAAGGCGAUUGGUGAUCAAGUCUUUGAGGGAAACACUAAUCAUUCUGAUGAUAACGACGAUGCUUGUGUUCAAGGUUCUGGUGAUGGUGAUAGUAGUGGUGGUGGAGAGGGAAGCGAAAGUGGUGGCGGUGGAGUAAUUAAUCUUAUCUCGAGUUUAUUUCAUCGGAGUAGUGAGGGUGAGGGUGAGGGUGAAGAAGAUGUGAAGAAGAAUAGUAAUGAUGGAAGUGAAGAGAGUUUGGAGUGUAAAAAUGAGUCUAAGAAAGCUGAGGAAGAGAGUGAAGGUGGUGGUGGUGGUGGCGGUGGCGGUGGCAAUAGUAAUGGUGGAACCAGCUUCAUCUCUAGUCUUGUUCAAGACGCUGCGGCUCCAGAAGCUGACGAGGCAUCCAUUUUAAUUCACUCUAUUAUUCAUGACUAGUUUAACGUUUCCCUUUGUAAGCUCUUUGUUCUUUUAUGUGUACUUGAAACAAAGUUGUAAUGGAACUUAUGACAAAUUGAUACUCCGUAUUAAUGUAACUUCAUGUUGGACAA